CAGCUCAUUGUUUACCAUCUCCUCUCCUGCUGCUCUCGUUUCUUUUGUCCUCCUCCCCUGUCUAACUUUGGGCUUCGAUGACCCAAACCUAGGUAACCUCUCUUUCACCAUUUUCAACCCCAAAACCCAGAACUGCCAGUCUAUCUCUCUGCCCAGACCUCCUCACAGGAAUGGAGUUCGCGAACAGACUGGUAGCCGCAGCAACAAAAGCCGCAAACAACAACACAGUGAUAAACGUGUGCCUUGUAGGAUCCUUCCUGGUGCUAGCUGCGCGAUCCGCGAACCAACAAAAUAACAUAGAAGCUUUAAAGGCCGAGAAGGACUCGCUAGUUAAAUCGAACAAAGCCAUGAAAAAGACCAUGUGGGACUGGAAGCAACAGCUCUUCUCCGAAGCUGAGACCGACUCCGAUUUGGUCACUGUUGCCAGACUCAGGGCCAUCUACGGCGAGGCACCACCGCCACAAACUGCCAGUGCAGUGUGUUGAGAGUAAAUUUUAGUGUCACUGUGUGCAAGUUGUAGGAUAGCAUCUCCUUGGAUGAAUUGACAGGUGCACUCUAUCUAUGCCUACGUGGAGUCUUCCGUUUGUUGGAUAAUUUCUUCUCUGAUUACUUAUUGGUUUUGGCAGGAGAUGCUGUGAAGGAAGAAGCAAAAUCAUCUGCAUCUAAACUUGUAAUCUAACUCUGUUUUUCCUAGUUCUUAAAGUUGCAAAUAUUGCUGGACAUUGGGGCACUCAUGGGAGUCAAUGGGAUAAAUUCCAUACUCUAGCUAGCACGUGGAUCAAAAUGUUGGUAGAACUGUGAGUGGUUCUGUGCAUUCUCUUGUAAGCAAGAAUGAUGAAUGAAUUCCAUUUUUGAGUUGAGACCAACGAGAAUUUUGCGGUGACAAAAAGAAAGAAGCUGCCAAGGUGCUGAUUGGGGACAUUCUAGCCUUGUUAUGCUCUCUUUCUUUCGUUUAUGUUAAAACCAUCAUUGCAAGAGAUAAAUAACCGGUACUGGUACUGUUUCUUGAUUUUAA